AUGAAAGAUCCAUUUUUUAUCACUUCACUCUUAAUUCCUGGACCAAGAUCACCGGGAAAUGAAAUCGAUGUUUAUCUUCAGCCUUUGAUAGAUGAAUUGAUUGAUCUAUGGGAUAAUGGUGUUGAUACAUACGAUGCAAAGGCCAGAGAGACUUUCCGAUUGCAUGCAGCAUUGUUGUGGACAAUCAAUGACUUCCCUGCUUAUGGAAACCUCUCCGGGUGGAGCACUAAGGGAAAGAUGGCAUGUCCAUCGUGCAAGGAAGAAACAGAUUCAAUGUGGUUGACAUAUAGCCGAAAACAUUGUUACAUGGGUCAUCGCCGAUUCUUGCCAUCGGACCACAUCUGGAGAAAGAAAAAGACUAUUUUUAAUGGCUAUGCAGAGCAUCGCGACCCGCCUAUGGUGUAUUCUGGAGAAGAUAUACUGAUUCAACUUCAAGAUAUUCCUGAUGCAAAUUUUGGUAAAGGCAUAAAGAAAAGAAAGCGUACCAUAGACGAGUUUAAUUGGACCAAAAAAAGUAUCUUCUUUCAAUUGCCGUAUUGGUCGACUAUAAAGAUUAGACAUAAUCUAGAUGUAAUGCACAUUGAGAAGAACAUUUGUGACAACAUCUUAGGAACUUUGAUGAAUAUCUCUGGAAAAACUAAAGAUCAUCCUAAUGCACGUCGUGAUCUUUCCAAUCUCAAUAUAAGAAAGGAGUUACACCUUAUUCAGGAUGAUACACGCAUUAGUAUGCCACAUGCAUGUUAUACGUUGUAUGGAGUUGAGCGGACUGGUUUUUGUAAUUGGUUGCGGGGUGUGAAAUUCCCAGAUGGAUUCGCUUCAAACAUUGCCAGAUGUGUUAGUGUACCUGAUUGUAAAAUCUCGGGAAUGAAAAGUCAUGAUUGCCAUAUUUUCAUGCAAAGGUUACUUCCUGCUGCAAUUUCUGGAUACUUACGCCAAGAUGUUCGAUUGGCACUAACUGAGUUAAGCACUUUUUUCAAAGAAUUGUGUGCUAGAACAUGUAAGGUGGAUGUCUUAGAGCGGCUUCAAGCUGAUAUUGCUGUCAUUCUCUGCAAGUUUGAGAUGGUUUUUCCGCCGACCUUCUUUGAUAGAUAUGUUAAGAAUAAGGCCUGCCCGGAAGGUUCAAUAGCCGAGGCCUAUAUCCAUGUAGAAUGCUUGAAUUUUUGUUCCAUGUACCUCCACGAUGUUGAGACUAGAUUCAAUCCCGUCGAACGUAAUGUUGAUGAAGAAGAUGAGGGUGUACGGGAGGGACUAAGUGUUUUUUCACAGAAGGUGCGCCCCAUGGGUUUUGCUUCACGUCACCGAUUAGACGAUAACAUUUUCAUAAAAGCCAGAUGUGAGCACUACAUGCAGAUCAGUGAAGAGUAUCCUGAUGAUGUCGAUAGUAUGCAUGCUGCAAAAUUCCCAGAUUGGUUCAAGUCACAUAUUCAAAGUUUGCGUGCUGAUAAUCUCGGACAAGUUUCAGAGGAUCUAUAUGCCCUAGCAUGUGGUCCUGACCCUUGGGGUGCAUCCUAUUCAGGUUGCAUAACCAAUGGUAUAAGAUUUCACACAAAAAAUCGUGAAGAACAUCGUCGCACCCAAAACUCAGGUGUCAUGGUGAUUAGUGAACAACCAGGAUCUGAAAAGCUUGAGUUCUUUGGUAGACUAACAGACAUUUUGGAAAUCCGCUACAUGGGUUGGCGUCGUGUUUACUUAUUCAAAUGUGAAUGGUUUGACAUCUCUGAUUCCAAACAAGGGAUACGUGUGGAAAAACAUUUUAUUAGUGUGAAUAUGUCUCGGACAGCUUAUAAGGACGACCCUUUUGUUUUGGCGUGCCAAGCGUCGCAGGUGUUUUACCUAAAAAAUUGCUGCAUCCGUGGUGAUUGGUAUAUAGUGCAAAAGGUCAAAGGUCGAAAUGUCUAUGACCUUCCACGAAAACCCCUAAUUGAAGAUGAUGCAUCUGAUUCUAGCGACGUUGAUGCAUACCAAGAGGAUAAUUCUGGCGAUGCUUACGUGAAUGUCCAUGCUGAUGACAUCCCACUGCAAACAAACAUGCACAGGCCUAAUGUUGAGCCGGAGCAGAUUGAAGUUGACACAUCGGUAAUGCAAAGGUCAAAUUGCAACCAGUUUGAGAGGGGGUUUAUCAAUGACGAUACAAGUGAAGACAGUUCUUCUCACAGCACCGAAGUGGAGGGUAGCAUAGAAGAAGAUAGUCUCUCAGAGGAUGAGAUGAACUAG